UCUUAAAUGAUUCUAUUUUCUUUUUGGUUUUCCUGGUUUUAAUUUCUGUGUUUGAAUUUAUUCAUGAUUAGAUAGAUAUGGUUGAGAAUGUAGUUGUGUAUAAAUGGAACGAUGAAUACAGUUGGAGUAGUUAAUGCAUUUAAUAUCAUCUCUGUUAGAAUAUUUUCUCUGAGAAUAGAGUUUGUGUAAAUGUUGUUUGUGUUGUGUAUGAUGAGACAAAGUUAAUUAAAACAGAAAUUAGGUUCUAUUAAAUGCAAACUGAACUUACAAUUAAAGGGAAAUAAAAUGAUGAUGAGAUUGGUGCCAUCUAGACUGAAUUUAUGUUGAUGGAAAGUGUUUCAGUCACUUGAAUUAGUAAACCAAACACAUAAUUAACUUUGUGUUUGCCUUGAGUGUUUACCUAUAUAAUAACUUUGUGAAAACUUAUCAAACGACCUAAACUGAACUAAAACACAUAAUGGCUUCCAACUUGAACUUUUCCCCUUCUCAGUCUUUUACCAAUCUCUUGUUUAGCCAAGAAGAUAACCCAACCCCUCUGAGUCCUUCACAGCCUACUUUUUCUGAAUCCCAAACACCCACAACCUUAGCUAGGGAACCUAGAGUGAGAUGGAGUGUUCCUGAAGAGAAUGCACUUGCAAGUGCCUAGCUCAACAUAUCCAAAGACUCUGUUGUGGGGAAUGAGCAGAGAUCAGCUGCCUUUUGGGAGAGGGUUGCAGCAUAUAAUGUUGCAUGUCAUGCUGUCUCUAAGCUCACCAUCCGAGAGGCUAAUACUUGUAAGCAGAAAUGGCAAAAAAAUGAAUGAGCUUGUCAUGAAGUUUGCAGGCUGUUAUGAGUUUGCCUCUCAGACUCCUCGCAGUGGAGAGACUGAAGAUGACAUUCUUGUGCUGGCCUACAAGCUUUACCAUCAGGAUCAAAAAACCAAAUUCAGUCUUGAGCAUGUUUGGAGAAUCCUCAAGACUGAUCAGAAGUGGUGCAAUUGGUGUGAGACCAAACUUCCUGCCAAGAAGAAAGCUAAACUUUCAUCUGUAGAAGAAGAGAGUCUUCAAAGGCCUAUAGGUGUGAAGGCAGCCAAGGCUUUAGCCAAGUCUAAAGGUAAGGGAAAGAGUGAAGGAGGAGCUGACGCUGGUUCUGCUGCUGAACUUCAGCUUUUGUGGGAAGUGAAAGAGAAGGAUUUGGCUUUCAAAGAGAGACUCUCCAAGCAAAAGCUACUUGACAGCCUUCUUGGAAGGUCUGAUGGAUUGAGUGAGAUGGAAAUUGAACUUAAGAACACUCUUAUCAAAGAGUAUCUUUCUGGAAGCAAUGUGUUUGUUUCUGAGAAUGAAUAUUCUGGUCUUUAGGACCUCCUCUUGGAAGCUAGUGAUGUCGGCAAGGAAUGGAUUGAGUGGUUCUGUUGCUUUAAUGUCAUCUUCUGUGACUUUUUUUUAUUCGGAUGUAACUUGUGUUUUGUAUGGUCAGAAGCUACUUGUGUUUUGUUUGGUAGCAGCAUGUAUGGUUGGCAAUGUAUUGUUAUUUUCUAUGGUCAGAGCUAGUUGUGUUUUGUAUUGUUAUUUUCUAUGGUCAUAAGCUACUUGUUUUUAGUGUAUGUGUAUUAUUGUGUU